CUGCAACACCAACCUCACAACCUCUAUAUAUAUGCAUAUAUGAAAUAUGUCUUUGAUAACAGUUUUAACUUUAUCUUCAUUCCCUCAAAAGUCAAAACCCCAGUUACUCAUUUUCUAUCAUUAGUUCAUAUUGGUGCUUAAAUCAAUGGAGGAAAUGUCUAAGUUCCUCAUCCAUGGAACAAUUGAAGCUACCAUCUUCAAUGCCACACCUUACUCACCUUUUUUUCCCUUCAAUUGUGUACAUAGAAAAGGAAAGCCUGCAUAUGUAUCCAUCAGGAUAGGCAAACAGAAGGCGGCGAAAACGACACGAGAACGUGAACGUGUGUGGAACCAAACCUUUCAGAUUCUGUGUGCUCAUCCAGAAGAUUCAACUAUCACCAUUACACUGAAGACAUCAUGCUUCGUUUUGGGAAAAUUCCACAUGCAGGCCAAGCGGUUGAAUGAAGAGAGUUUGAUCAAUGGAUUGUUCCCUCUUCUCAUGGAAAAUGGAAAACCAAAUCCACAACUGAAGUUAAGAUUUAUGUUGUGGUUCAAGCCAGCAGAAAUGGAACCAAGUUGGAGAAAGAUACUAAGCAAUGGGGAGUUUCAAGGGCUUAGGGAUGCUACUUUCCCACAAAGGUCCAACUGCGAGGUUAAACUCUAUCAUGAUGCUCACCAUUCAUCUACCUUCCACCCUCCUUUUGACCUUUGUGGCGCUCCAUUAAAGCUAUGGGAAGAUGUCUAUAAAGCCAUUGAGGGUGCAAAAUAUUUGAUUUAUAUUGCAGGCUGGUCUUUCAAUCCCAAGAUGGUUCUGGUUAGAGAUCCUCAAACAGAAAUCCCUCAUGCUAGGGAGAUAAAUCUGGGUGAGCUAUUGAAGAAGAAGGCAGAGGAAGGAGUGGCUGUGAGGGUUAUGAUUUGGGAUGACGAAACAUCUUUGCCUUUGAUUAAGAACAAAGGUGUGAUGAACACUCAUGACGAGGAAGCUUUUGCCUACUUCAAACACACUAAAGUAAUAUGCAGAAAGUGUCCCAGGUUACACCACAAGUUCCCCACACUCUUUGCUCACCAUCAGAAGACCAUAACUAUGGACACCAGAACACCCUACUCUGUUCAUGCCAGAGAAAUUAUGAGCUUUUUGGGUGGUUUAGAUUUGUGUGGUGGCCGCUAUGACACAGAAAAACACUCAUUGUUUCAGACACUUGCUGAGGAAUCCGAUUACCAUGACUUCUACCAGACAAACAUUGCAAAAGCUAGCCUCAAUAAAGGAGGACCAAGAGAGCCUUGGCAUGAUGCUCAUGCUUGUGUUAUUGGUGAGGCUGCAUGGGAUGUGUUAACCAAUUUUGAGCAAAGAUGGACAAAGCAGUGCGAUCCUUCUCUUCUAGUUCCUGCCAACACUCUACAAAAUCUCAUUCCCACAUACUCGAGCACUCCAACAGAAAGGAAUUGGAAAGUCCAAGUAUACAGGUCAAUUGACCAUGUAUCUGCUAGCCAGUUGUUUAGAAGGCUAACUGUGGAGAGAAGCAUCCACGAAGCUUAUGUUGAAGCUAUUAGGCGUGCUGAUAGGUUUGUAUACAUUGAAAACCAGUAUUUUGUUGGAGGGUGUCACUUGUGGCAAGAAGAUAGGCACAGUGGAUGCAGCAAUCUGAUUCCUGUUGAGAUUGCACUGAAGGUGGUUAGUAAGAUCAAAGCAAGAGAGAGGUUUGCAGUGUACAUAGUCAUACCAAUGUGGCCAGAAGGAGUGCCUGAAAGUGAACCAGUUCAAGAUAUACUUCACUGGACCAGAGAAACAAUGACAAUGAUGUAUUGGUUGAUUGGAGAAGCAAUAACAGAAAGUGGGGAGCCAGGGCAUCCAAGAGACUACUUGAAUUUCUUCUGCCUUGCAAACAGGGAAAAGAAGGAAAAGGAGGAGUUUCUUCCUCCACUUUCUCCCCAUCCUGCAACACAAUACUGGAAUGCACAGAAGAACAGAAGGUUCCCGAUUUAUGUUCAUUCAAAGGUGAUGAUAGUGGACGACAUAUACAUAUUAAUAGGAUCAGCCAAUGUGAACCAACGAUCCAUGGAUGGAGAAAGGGACACUGAGAUUGCCAUUGGGGCAUACCAGUUUCAAGAUGGAGUUGAUCACCACGUAAACCGUGGUGAUAUUCAUGCAUACAGAAUGUCACUGUGGUAUGAGCACACGGGAAGUGCUGAGGAACUGUUCUUAGAGCCAGAAAGUUUGGCAUGUGUGCAGAGAAUGAGGUCAAUAGGGGAUCAUAUGUGGGAAAUGUACAGCAGUGAAGAAAUUGUAGACAUGGAAGGUGUGCACCUUGUAAGGUACCCUGUGAAAAUAACUCAAGAAGGGUAUGUGGAGGACCCAGAUGAUGGCGGUGAUCAUUUUCCUGAUACAAAAUCUCCUGUGAGGGGGCAGAGAUCAAAAUUCUUAAACCCUGUCUUCACCACUUAAGUUAACCAUACAACUGUCACACGGACACAGACUAGAGAGACCAUUCUUUUGCUUAUCUUUUUCACACUGAAAUAAGUGUUCCUAUUUAUACAUAGGAAGCUGAAAGCUGUUGACAAUAAAAGUUGUAAGGAAUGUUUAACUUCGCUAUGUAUCUAAAUAUUUUAUGCACAGUUAACACUAAAAUGUGUUGCACCAGACAGGGAAUAUAAUAACCUUGUUCCAAUAGCUGUCAGCAUAAAUGGACAUUGGACUAUAUUUUCUAUUUCGUGAUUUCCAAAUCUGUAUGUAAGUCAUCUUGAGACUUUUCUGCUGUAAGUAUUAAUAGA